AUGCCACCCAAGCGCCCGACCGAGGCCAGUGGCCGCCGCUACGCGCCGCCCGCCGGUCGUCCGUCCAACAACGCCGCCAAUGCCAAGCCGCGCGCGCCGCGAAAGGGCGUGAGCAGCCGUGCGUCCAACGUCCCAUCCGCCGCCUCGUCGUACGAGUACGACUACGAGUACAACAUGAUGCCGAUGAUGCAGGCGCCGCCCAAGUCGCAGCCAACCUUCCUCUCCAACAUUGCGCCCAUCUCGGCGAAAGAGGCGAGCAUGAAGGGCUCGAACGCGAUGCAACUCCUGCUGCAGGGCACGUCGUUCACGAUCGACGAUGCGUUCCGCGCGAUCGAGCGUGCGAUCCAAGCCGAGAACGAGGGCCGGUUCCGCGAGGCGCUCAAGCACUUUCUGGACGGCGGCGAGAUGAUUGUGACGGCCGCCGAGAAGGAAGCGUCCCAGAAGGUCCGCAACCUCCUCCUCCAUAAAGGCAAGGAGGUGCUCGAGUGGGCCGAGCACCUCGCCGAGUGGAUCGAGCGCUACAACACGUCGACGCCGCCGGUCCGCAUCGCCAAGCCGAUGGCCGUCGAGGUCACGUACGACCGCACGAUGAACUCGCCAGACCUCGACGAAACCGAGGCGCGCAUGAUGUUUUACACGCCCGUGUGCUCGGGCCCGAAAGCGUUCACCGAGACGGGGUACCGGCUGCAGUGCAUCCAGAGCGGCCGCCGCCCGCGGCUCAUGGUGGUCAUCACCAUGUACAACGAAGACGAGAACGAGCUCCGGUCGACGCUCCGCAAGGUCUGCAACAACGUCCUGUACCUCAAGCAGCACAGCCUCCCGGGGUACGAAGGCGACGACGCGUGGAAGCAGGUGCUGGUCGUCGUCGUCUCGGAUGGCCGCACGAAAGCCAACAAAGGCACGCUCGAGUGGCUCGCCAACGUCGGCCUCUACGACGAAGACGUUAUGAACAUCACGUCGACCGGCGUCAAGGUGCAGUGCCACCUCUUCGAGCAUUCGCUUCAGAUGACGAAAGAGAACUCGAUCCGGUUCCCGCCACUCCAACUCGACUCGCACCUCUGGUACUUUGACGCGUUUGCCGAGCAGAUCAUGCCCGACUACACCGUGCUCCUCGACGUCGGCACGAUGCCGACCAAGUCGUCGUUCUACAAGCUGCUCACGGCGCUCGAGAUCAACGCACAGAUCGGCGGCGUCUGCGGCGAGAUUGCGGUCGACAAGCCGCUGCCCAACAUGUGCAACUGGGUCAUCGCGGCGCAGCAUUUCGAAUACAAGAUUUCCAACAUCCUCGACAAGUCGCUCGAGUCGUGCUUCGGCUUCAUCUCGGUGCUGCCCGGCGCGUUCUCGGCCUACCGCUACAAGGCGAUUCGCGGCGCGCCACUGCAAGCGUACUUUAAGAGUCUCACAACCGACAUGGCCGAGCUCGGACCGUUUGCUGGCAACAUGUACCUCGCCGAAGAUCGCAUCCUGUGCUUUGAGCUCCUCGCGCGCAAAGACUGCAACUGGACCAUGCACUACGUCAAGGACGCGAUCGCGCGCACAGACGUGCCGACCAACUUGAUCGACCUCGUGGGCCAGCGCCGGCGCUGGCUCAACGGGUCGUUUUUCGCGACGUUGUUUGCGAUCUGGAACUGGGGCCGCGUGUACACCGAGUCGAACCACUCGCUCACGCGCAAGCUCGCGCUCCUCGUGCAUGCUCUUCUCGGCGUCUCAGCGGCCAACUUUUACCUCGCCUUGUACUUUGUCAUCUUCCAAGGCUUCCGCGACAACCGGUGGAACUUCAUCGACACGUCCGAGUACCCGCAGUGGGUCCUCGACGGCCUCCCGACGGCGUUUAACGUCUUUUACGCGGUCACGGUCUUUACCCAAGUCACGAUCGGCCUCGGCAACAAGCCCAAACACGUCAAAGGCACCCAUUACCUCAUCUCGGUGCUCUUUGGCUUGCUCAUGCUGCUCGCAUCCGGUGUCGCCAUCGUCAUCUUCAUCACGUCCUCGAAAGACGCCAUGGCGAUCGUGCUCGCAGUGCUCAUUCUCGGCACGUUCUUCAUUGGGUCAGCGCUGCACUGCGAAGUGCACCACAUUGUGCUCACGUUCGUCCAGUACACGGCGCUCAUGCCGAGCUUUGUCAACAUCCUCAUGGUCUACUCGUUCUGCAACCUCCACGACCUCAGCUGGGGCACAAAGGGCAUCGACACGGGCCACGAGGCCCAUAAAACCGAAGCCGUCGGCCAGUACAAGGACAUUGUCGCGCGCCAAAAAGCUCUGGAGGCCAAGAAAGCCCAAGACGCGCGCAACCAAGACGAGCUCAAGAAGCGCUUCGACUCGUUCCGGUCCAACUUGCUACUGGUGUGGGUCAUGUCCAACAUGUCGAUGGUCAUCAUCUGCGUCAACACGGUCGGCGCCGACUCGUUCUUGCCGUUCUUGUACGCGUUCGUCGCCGCCUUCAACGGCAUCCGGCUCCUCGGCUGCAUCGGGUACCUCAUCUACUACGCGCGGCAGUUCCUCCUCUUCAAUACGCUGAGCGCCACGGGCGUCCUCCACAAGCGCCACGAAGCGCGCAAGCACAAGAAGGCCGAGGACCCGGACCCGAUCGACAUGGAACUCGGCACGUUCAACGAACCGGCGACGUCCGAGAUUGGCGCGCCCAUGAUGCAAGCGCCGUACAACCGCAUGCGUUAG